CUCUGCCAUAGUUUUGUUUCUUGACUUUGACGAGUUUAGUAACAGCUGACAAACGUGAAGAUAACAGCUCUGAGGUCUGUUCUCUGCUUGUACAUUCAGGAUGGACAGGAAGCAGUGUUGUGUGAAGCUGUCGGUCCAGCCGUCCAGAGGACUCAUGGAUGAGAAGUUCAUUGUCCUGGUCCAGAGCGUUCCACCUGGUUUGCAGCUGACCGUCCACGCCCUCCACCAGUGUGAAGAUGGGCACAGCUGGGAGGCAUUCGGUCACUACACUGCCGACGCCAGCGGCACUGUGAACGUUUCAGAGGAUCCCAGUCUGGGCGGGACAUAUACAGGGGUUGAACCGAUGGGUCUACUGUGGAGCUUCAGAGCAGUUCCAGGCAGCAAACCUGGACUGAGGAUGAGGAAGAUGAACGUCCAGACUCCCAUGGAGGUCACAAUCUCAGUGUACGAAGGUCACCAGACCGAGGGGUUCAUGGAUCAGGUGCCGCUGGCCUGUGUGGUGGUGGAGCGCUGGUACAUGGCGCCUGGCAUCCGCAGGAUCCCGAUCACAGAGGAUGGACUCACUGCGACCCUUUUCCUGCCCCCAGGACCCGGACCUUUCCCUGGUCUCCUGGACCUGUGGGGCGGCGAAGGGAAGUUGCUGGAGUACCGUGCAGCGCUGUUUGCCUCCCACGGCAUCGCCUCACUGGCUCUUGACUAUUUGACACCUGAAAUCACCAUGGAAACCGGGAAGAUGGUGGACAACAAGUACAUUGAGGCGGCCUACAGAGUCCUGCAGCAGCAUCCCCAGGUCCUCGGCAGCAGGAUCGCCAUGUUGGGCCUUUCACUUGGAGCCAGUGUCACCCUCAAAAUGGCUGCUUACUCCCAAGUUGUAAAGCUCAGGUGUGCGGUGUGUGUUAGCGGGAGUCAUGUGCAGCCGGUUGAUGGAUUUUUGAAAGAACUCUUGCUUUUCUGUCACGAAAACGCUGGGAAGACUCGCUACAACGAGGAGAACCAGGUGAUGUUUAGAGACCUGCUGCUGCCCAUCCCCACCGACCCCUCACUCAAAGUGGAUGUGGGACGACUCCAGUGUCCUCUGUUGCUGGUUGUAGGUGAGGACGAUCAGAACUGGCCCGCCUACGAGUCUGCAAUGGACAUGAAGGAGAUGAUGGAGCGAGCGGGGAACAGCCACCUGCUGACUGUGCUGUCGUACCUGAACGCCGGUCACCUGAUUGAACCGCCGUACACGCCACACGCCAAAACCAGCACUUUUAAAUCAGUGGAAUCAACUCACAGUGUCAUGGCUCUGUGGGGUGGAGAGACGUUGGCACAUUCUCGCGCUCAGGAAGACGCCUGGAGGAAGACGUUGGUCUUUCUGAGGGAGAAUCUGUACGCUACGGCGGCAGAAAACCCCCAGUGCAACCUCACUUUCACAGAGUUACAAAUGUAAUAUGUUCAGAGGUUAGCCCCCUCCAACA